UACCAGAUUCCUGACCGAGAAUCAAGAUGGCGAACACGGAGAAUGAUGCGAAAGCUCUCUCAGAGAAGAGGACUCAAGCACUGGUUUCACUUAGUGUGGGAGUUAUUUUUAUUUGCAUUGGUAUUCCUCUUUGGUGGAACACAACAAAAGUUUACAGAGCAUCCCUUCCUUAUGCUGAGAUAGAGCAGCUGAACCAACUCAAGUUGAGGUUUGUAACAAACUUUAAAGUGGUACUUCUUGGGCUUCAAGAUCCUGUUGCUUUAAAAGAUGAGAUUGAAAAAAAACUCAGUAAAGAAAGGGAUUAUUCUGUCGUAUCAGCUGCUUAUAAGCUGACAGUUGAAAGGAAAGACAGCACAGAUUCUGCAGCUGUGUUCAAGGAACUCAAAGAAAGAACUUUGCAAGAGUUAGAUGAUUAUUUUCAACAACAGGACAAUGUGGCAAAUGAAGAAAGACAUCAAUAUUCGUUUUUUGUACUUCCUUAUGAAAGUCUAGAGUCAAAUGCCAUUGAUGCAUAUGUUGGAAAAUAUUUUCAUUGUAUCUUAUACAACAACAAAGAUCCAGUAAAGCUUGCAUCAGCAAUCACUGAGGUUGUUCGGAGCAUUUUUGUCAGUGAAGAAGAAGUCAACAAAGCAUUUACCUUGGCUUCAAAAAGAGAAUUUGCAAAGGACACUGUGGAAAGUAUGAGAGCCCAAAAGUCAAUAACAGGUUUUCAGGUUUCCUUUACACUUCUGAACUCUGAUCCAGACUUGGUGCUGGCUGAGUGGGAUAUCGAGUCUGCUGUACAAAAAUACCUGGAUCCCUUUUUGAUGAAGAUUCCUCAUUUGGAUAUCACUGUGGAUUCUCAGGUUCUUCAUUAUAGUAGCAUCAAACUCAAUCCUCACAAGGAUGGAAACACUUUCUAUCUUCCUUAUGAUGACUUGCCUCAUAUGAUUAAUCCUGUUGAAGCCAAACUUGGUUCUCAUAUUUCCUUGUAUCCAAGUUUGAAUUUUGUUGUUUAUGUCCCUUCCCAGAGGCACACCCCUCUUUACAUGAAAAAUAAAGAUGGCGAACGGAGCAGUAGCAAUGCAUUUUUGAGUCCUCAGUGGGGCGGAAUCAUGAUCUACAAUGUAGAGAGAACAGCAAUAGAGAACAACACCAAACCACAGCAGAUAGCUGUGGAUAUGAAGUCUGUUAUGAAUAUAUUCCUGUCACAACUCAAGCUGUUAUUGGGCUGGAAACCUGUGAAACCUCUUGAUGGUAUCGAAAUGAGGCUGGUUGGCGAUGUUGGAGUGACAAAAUGGGAACAAGAGUCACUGAUGAGAUUGAAAACAAUGGAGUAUUUGGCAACUUCCACCAUCACGCUGACUUCACUCGCUCAGCUACUGGGAAAGAUCAGCAACAUGGUGAUUAAUGAUCAUAUACAAGAGCAAGUGGAACAAGCUCUUGAAGCAAUUCAUCAGUCCACAACAGCUCUUCAAGAUGGAAACUUAACUGCGGCAGUACUCACAGCUAAGAAAGCCAUCAGAUCAUCAGAGGAGGCAUUUUUUGACCCAUCGAUACUAGAGCUUUUGUACUUUCCAGACGACCAAAAGUACGCCAUCUACAUUCCACUGUUUCUUCCCAUCAGCUUGCCAGUGCUGUUAUCUUUAAGGCAGGCAAUAAGGUGGUACAGAGGAAAAGACAACACAGACGAAAAGGACGAGCAAAAAGAUAAACAAGAUUGACACAAGCUCCGCGAGUAUGUUCGUCUUUACGUAUGGCAGGGAGUUUACGCCGGUCGCGAAAAAACGGUUGCUGCUUUUCGAAUAAUUUUGUUUCAUGCGAUUGACGCGCUUUGGAAGUGGACAGACAGAGUGCUUUUCGAACAAUUUUGUUUCAUGCGAUUGACGCGCUUUGGAAGUGGACAGAAAGAGAUCAUGUGAAUUCAAGAAAUGAUUAAAUGUUCUAUUAUGCGUAACUCGACCACAUGCCGUACGAACGUGCACCUGUCCGUGUCGUUAAGCAGUAAGAAAACAUUCCAAGAAAGACAAUAUAUGAAAGACCUAAGGAGGUGAAAGAGCAGGAAUGUGAAAACAUCAAACCCUAGGGAAAUGUUAAUCACAGAAUUUAAUCGUCAAGAAAUUUGUGGUCUUUCUGGUAUCCUCUUGUUGUGGUCGCUCGAUUGCCAAUAACCGCUUCCACCGGUGAAGUAAUUGUGUGUCAGAAAUGAGAAUGGAAUCGGGAGUUGCCUUUCAGCAGAUAUCAAAAGCGUGUUGCAAGAGGACGACAGGUUUUGGUCCAGAAAGUAGUCAUACAUUUGGAAAAGUUAGCUAAUUAUUUAAUAUUCCCAAACUACUAUUUCUGUUCAGUAAAUACAUACAGUUGAAGCGGUUUGUACAUCAAGUUUCUAACCAGAUAAAAGUUUACAACAGCAAAUUAAAUGUGCGUCAAGGUGUAGAUAUUGACAUUAUAUUUGUAAGUGAAACAUUUCUAUGAUGUAUGCAUGUGAUUUUGAAACAAAUUACUCGGACGUGAUACUUUUUAAAAGUCCCAGAUAUCUGGAAAAGCUAAGCUUUCGAUUAUCACAUUAUAAUGGGCUCCAUCAUUGUAUGUCCAGCCUUCUUCUGUGAUCUCGCCUGAUGUUUCCAGUUCCUUCAAAGACUGGCCCUACAAGUAAGAAAGAAUAAACGUUUAGAUUGAUAGCUUUUUUAAGUAAAAUCAUUGCAGCCCCCGAAGCGGCUGAAUUGUGACAUACCGGUACUUUACAACUCGUUUAAGAUCUUUCUCGUUAGAGAAAGCCGUUUGAGAAAUUGAAUUAAAUAGCCUGACUGAGAUGCA